AUGCCCUGCGUCACCCCGAUGGGCUUCUGGGACCUGCCGGAUGCGGGGUCCAUUGUCGGCAGUGGUGAGCAAAUAUGCGCCGUGCUCACCGCCCUGUGCAGUGGUGCCGAGUCGCCCCUGCCAACACUAUUACGUUGCCUGUCGUCAAUUGACCCCUCGCCGCCUCAAAGUCUCGGUGACAUGUUUGCGUUCUACUGCAACGUGUUCCGGUGCCGGCAGUCCGAUGAGUACGUUGACAACGUCCAAUUCGCUGGUCACCUGAGCACUGCGGCAAUACCAAGCGUCUCUCUGUACCUCUGUCCCACCACCGAGGCGGCGCAGCUGACCGACGCCCUCACCAGGCUACACCACUCCCCCGACGACCACAGUGGCGCAUCCCCAACGGACGCUGCCACUAACACCUUACAGGCCACCCACUCGGACCUGUCGAGUCUCACCGUCCGGUCGCGGUGCGCCGACUCACUGACCUGCGCCCCCUACCUCCAACCGCUCUCCUUCCACGCCUACCACACCUUCCCCGAGAAGCACGCGGAGGUAUAUGUGUCGUGGGUCAUCUACACCGCAUGGCGAUUCUGGGAGCUGCUCCAGCAAUUGCUCAGCGCCUUUCAAGACAUUGACUGCGCAAGCUCCGGGUGCUCGACGUGUCCCUGCAACCCGGGCCAACAUGGCGUCGACGUCAACUGCAAGUGCAAGGCACUGGUGAGCUGUCACGGCGUCCUGCCGACGUUUCACGCAUACGGAUUUACGUUUGGAAACACGAGAGCCUUGCACGGCAAUAACAGAAAAUAUUGCCGUAAUUUCCGCAUCCAGCUCAGCCAAGUCCUACACUCCGACCACUUCACGGAACUGUUCGACCAGUGUGAUGAGUACCUGUACCGCAUCCGUGCCCCCUUCCUCUGCGCCAUCAUCACACUCUGGCUCACCGCCACGCUCUACAUCCUCCACUCACUCCUCUACCGCAUGGACGUCCUGCGCAUCCGCUCCCACCUCCUCACCACCAGGGCCUCCCACCUCAUCGACGUCAAGGCGCUACUCACGCACGGGAGGAAGAUGCUCUCACUCUACAAAGACGUCGACUACUUCGACGAUGACCUUCACUCAUGA